GGGACUCGCAAUGGCGACUACCGAACUGUGCGCUCCACCGUCGUUCGCAUGCCCUCCCUGCCUCCCGAGUGCCUCCUAGUAGCGACCCAUGCAUCGUCCCUAACCCCCACGCCGCCUCGCCGUGGCGCCACUAGCGACGCCUGUGGCCAGGCGGAAACUGUCGAACACGGCCGAACUGCCCUUCCAUUCGCCUUCCUCUCUCGCCGUCCUUGCUGUCCGCUCACGGCCUCCCCUUGCCGUUCCCCACUCCUCCCCCCGCCACCCCGUGAUCCGCCGCGUUGGAGCGUACUCGUUCAUGUUUCCAUCAGUUCGCACUUCGGUACGCUCGACAUUAUUCGAGGAGAAAGAAACGCGCGUUCGCGGAUUUUAGGAGGUCGGGCCUCUCUCGCCGCGCAGGACGUGGAACCGUGAUCCGGGUGGAUCGCAUCCGGGGCGGAUCUCGAGAGAUCGCAGACGGUGUCCCGACGCUUCCUACUGAAUAUGAAUCGAAUGUCUGAUCCCUGAAUUUAGUAAGCGUCGAAGCAUCGAGAAUUAUCGUGAGAGGCUCCGCUCGGGUUUAUUUCGUUUCUCCGGCGAUAUAAUUCGAUAUCGAGUCGGCUUUCCUACGACGGAGGAGACGAGGUUUCGGAUCUAUUUGACCCGCUGCCUCCUCACCGUCUCGUUGAGGAAUAAAGCUACGUCUGAUCUGUCGUGCCGUGUUCGACGAUCAGACAAUAAUCGUAAGACUAUCGCGAUCCCGACUCGUCACUGAAAAUGCGAAGAUUUCGAAACCGAUCAAAAUGACGGGUCGCUCGAAAUUUGUAGAGAGAUAAGAGAAGAAUCGAGGCGAUCUACGUAUGAUUUCUACGUUUAUGGCGAGAAAUCACGGCCGAUUCAGCAAUAUCCCAUCUAUGUACCCGUUUCUGCGUCAAUGAUCGAAACAGCAUUUCUGAAACGCGACGCACGCACGUUCGAUCGCGGAUCUUCUUCCUUAACUCUCCGUGCUCGUGGAGAGUGAAAGUUUCCUAUUAACUUGAAGACAUCAAAAAGUUCUCCCUUUUCACGAGUUCGCAAUAAAGAGGGAGAUUGACGACCAUCCACCGGUAUGAUCGCGGCUGAGUGACCGCAGCGAAUACGUCUGCCGCACCGGAGUAGAGAGUUUAUUUUGCUCGAUACUUGGAUACACCAGUGCUACCAACCUGACGAAAUUCAUGAUUGACACAUUUCAAAUAUGCCUGCAAUGGUCCUCGAAUAUUUAUUGUCUUGUGUUUCCGGAAACAAUCUAUUCGAUAAUAUAUAUUUAGCGAAUAAGCGCAUCUUUCUGUCGACAAAAAUAUGAGAGGGUAGUCUGUACGUACAAUGUAGAGCAGCACUCAACACAUUGUUCUCAUCAAUAUCGCGUGCAUCAUCGAACAAACGUGAUGUACUUGAAAAUCUCCCAGUGAGAUAUCUGUGCACGUAUCUUCGCGCUUCCUUCUACGAGGUGUUUGAGAGAAAUAUUUUUCCACGGUGAAGACAGCGCGUUUCGCUCAACGAGAAGAAGUGAAAAAUGAGCUCGGGCUUCAUAUCGGAGGCUGAAAUCGCCGAACAACGCCGAAUGCGGCAGGAGGAAUGGGAGCGUGUACGGACACCAGACCAACCAUUAGAAGCUCCGGAGGAACCUUAUGAUCCUAGAUCACUAUAUGAGAGGUUACAGGAACAGAAAAACAAAAGAGAUAUGGAGUAUGAAGAAGCUCAUAAAUUAAAAAAUAUGAUUAAAGGUUUAGAUGAUGACGAAGUAGAAUUUUUAGACCUGGUUGAUAGGACUAAAUUGGAAGAAGAACGUAAAAAGAAUCUGGAGGAGGAGAAGGAAAUGCGUGAUUUUAAAGCUGCGGUUGCUUCGCUUCAGGAAAAGAAAUUAAACGAAAAAUUGAAACAAGAGUUGAAGAAUCCAGCCGUCAAUAAGAAUGCUUUCUGCGGAAGUCGUCCCUCACAAUUGAAGCUACUGGCAGGUGUUGUAGUGAAACGGUCUGACAAGCAGAAACAAGAAGAAACGCCUAAAGGAAUUAAAAGGAAAUUGUCAACGUCUGACAGUGACACCGACACCGCAAAGAAGGAAGAACUGCAUACAUCUUGUGAGCCGACCAAAGUUACGUCGAGACAAGUGUCUAAAAAUGGUGGACUUAAAUGUAUUGGCAUAUUACCUGGUCUUGGGACAUAUGAAGAUUCUAGUGACAGUGAUUGCAGUUCUGACACUGAUCAGGAGACAGAACCGUGUCCCCAUAAAUACGAUAUCUUAGGUCGAAAAAUCAAAACAUCGAAAGAUAAGGAAAAAAGCUGAACAAUAUACACAACGGUAAUUUACUUCUUCCAUAUUCAUGAACAUUAUUCUAUUCUUAUGCGCAUGUGAAUGUGAUAAUGUUCCUAAAUAUGGAAAUAGAAAAUUAUCACGAUGUUGCAAUUAAUUACGUUUAAAAUACAUGAAUAUAUGUAUUUCUAUCAGAUUUAGCUAAUAUAAUAUGCAUAAUAUUAAUCUGCAUUUUCUGUAAUAUGUAAAUUUUGCAAGUUUCCGUUGAACACCGUUUCAUUUUAACCAGUUAAGUGUGUUUGACGACUAUAUCCGUCAUGGAGAUGUGGCAGAAUCUUGUGUCAUGACGAUUAUAUCCGUCAUGCGUAAAAUUUUG